ACAGUGUAUAAAUAACUCUGCCUCACCAAACAAAUUCAUAUAUCUUUUUAACAUCAGAGUAUUUUUAGAAGUCUAUUUUCAUCAUGUCUCAGCUUUCAGAUCUUAUCAAUCUCAAUCUCUCUGAUUCAACAGAGAAAAUUAUUGCUGAAUACAUAUGGAUUGGUGGAUCAGGCAUGGACAUGAGGAGCAAAGGCAGGACUCUUCCUGGUCCUGUUUCUAAUCCUUCAGAACUCCCUAAGUGGAACUAUGAUGGAUCUAGUACUGGUCAAGCUCCUGGUGAAGAUAGUGAAGUGAUCUUAUACCCACAAGCAAUCUUCAACGAUCCAUUCAGGAGAGGCAACAAUAUCUUGGUUAUGUGUGAUGCCUAUACUCCGGCUGGUGAGCCCAUUCCAACAAACAAGAGGCACGCCGCCGCCAAGAUCUUCAGCCACCCUGAUGUUGUUACUGAAGAAACCUGGUAUGGUAUUGAGCAAGAAUACACGUUGUUGCAAAAGGAAGUUAACUGGCCUGUUGGAUGGCCUAUUGGAGGUUUCCCUGGACCCCAGGGACCAUACUACUGUGGAACCGGAGCUGACAAGGCCUUUGGACGUGACAUUGUGGACGCACACUACAAGGCAUGUCUUUAUGCUGGGAUUAACAUCAGCGGUAUCAAUGGAGAAGUCAUGCCCGGACAGUGGGAGUUCCAAGUCGGUCCUUCUGUUGGCAUCUCAGCCGGUGAUGAAGUGUGGGUAGCUCGUUACAUUCUUGAGAGGAUUACAGAGAUUGCUGGAGUGGUCGUGUCAUUUGACCCCAAGCCUAUCCCGGGCGAUUGGAAUGGUGCAGGUGCUCACACAAACUACAGCACCAAAUCAAUGAGAGAAGAUGGCGGCUAUGAAGUCAUCAAGAAGGCUAUUGAGAAGCUUAGCUUGAAGCACAAAGAGCACAUUGCUGCAUAUGGUGAAGGCAACGAACGUCGUCUCACUGGAAAGCAUGAAACAGCCAACAUCAACAACUUCAAAUGGGGAGUUGCAAACCGUGGUGCAUCUGUCCGUGUGGGGAGGGACACAGAGAAGGCGGGGAAAGGUUACUUUGAGGACAGAAGGCCAGCCUCAAAUAUGGACCCAUACGUCGUUACCUCCAUGAUCGCGGAAACCACCAUCAUCGGGAAACCUUGAAGCUGUGUGAUAUGUAUUGCUUGUUUCUGGUUUGCACAAUGUGGGAUAGAAAAAGGAUUGAAUUUGUGGACCGACCUGACCCUUUCCGCUUCACCUGUGUCUUUAGUUAUAGGAUAGUCUUGUCUUUGUUAUUUUUCCGGUUGAAGUUGUAUUUUUAUACAGCAAGGUCUUAUUUCAUUGUCUAUGAUUUGGCAAUGCUGUUACAAACAAUGUUAUUCUUAUUAAUAACAAAUAUUGGAAGGGUUUGGUUC